AUGCCGUCCCUCACUCCUCAAAGCGUGGGGGAUCCCCAGAGCCCGUACACCAGGGUUUGGAUUCCUGACCCUGAUGAAGUUUGGAGAUCGGCUGAAAUUAUCAAGGAUUACAAAGAAGGAGAUAAAAGCCUCCAGCUGAAACUUGAAGAUGAAACUCUCUAUGAAUAUCCCAUCGACCCGCCAGGGAGUGAGCUGCCCUUCCUGCGCAACCCUGACAUCCUGGUGGGGCAGAAUGACCUGACAGGCCUCAGCUACCUGCACGAGCCCGCCGUCCUGCACAACCUCAAGGUCAGGUUCCUCGAGUCCAACCACAUCUACACCUACUGUGGUAUCGUGCUGGUGGCCAUCAACCCCUUUGAGCAGCUGCCAAUCUACGGGCAGGAUGUCAUCUACGCCUACAGCGGCCAGAACAUGGGGGACAUGGACCCCCACAUCUUCGCCGUGGCCGAGGAAGCCUACAGGCAGAUGGCCAGGGAUGAGAAGAACCAGUCCAUCAUUGUCAGCGGGGAGUCGGGGGCGGGCAAGACGGUCUCUGCCAAAUACGCCAUGCGCUUCUUCGCCACCGUCGGGGGCUCCGCCAGCGAGACCAACAUCGAAGCCAAAGUCCUGGCCUCCAGCCCCAUCAUGGAGGCCUUUGGAAAUGCUAAAACAACAAGGAAUGACAACAGCAGCCGCUUUGGGAAAUACAUUCAGAUUGGCUUUGAUAAAAGAUACCACAUCAUUGGUGCCAACAUGAGGACAUAUCUGCUGGAAAAAUCUCGGGUUGUAUUUCAGGCAGAGGACGAGCGCAACUACCACAUCUUCUACCAGCUCUGUGCCUCCUCAAGCCUCCCAGAAUUCAAAGACCUUGGACUCACUUGUGCCGAAGACUUUUUCUACACUUCUCAGGGAGGUGACAUGUCCAUUGAUGGCGUGGAUGAUGCUGAUGACUUUGAGAAAACCAGACAUGCCUUCACCCUGCUUGGAGUGAAGGAAUCUCAUCAGAUGACCAUUUUCAGGAUAAUUGCUGCCAUUCUGCACCUGGGGAACUUGAAGAUCCAAGGGGAACGAGACGGGGAGGUCUGCAGUGUAUCGAGCGAGGACGAGCACCUGAGCAGCUUCUGCAGCCUGCUGGGCGUGGAGCACAGCCAGAUGCAGCACUGGCUCUGCCACCGCAAGCUCGUCACCACGGCCGAGACCUACGUGAAGAGCAUGUCCCUGCACCAGGUGGUGAACGCCAGGAACGCCCUGGCCAAGCUCAUCUACGCCCAGCUCUUCAACUGGAUCGUGCAGCACGUCAACCAGGCCCUGCACACCACUGUGAAGCAGCACUCCUUCAUCGGCGUGCUCGACAUCUACGGGUUUGAAACUUUUGAAGUGAAUAGCUUUGAACAGUUCUGUAUCAACUAUGCCAACGAAAAGCUCCAGCAGCAGUUCAACUCGCACGUGUUUAAACUGGAACAAGAGGAGUACAUGAAGGAGGAAAUCCCCUGGACUCUCAUAGACUUCUAUGACAACCAGCCCUGCAUAGACCUGAUAGAGGCCAAGCUGGGCAUCCUGGACCUGCUGGAUGAAGAGUGCAAGAUGCCCAAGGGCACGGACCAGAACUGGGCACAGAAGCUCUACGACCGCCACAGCGCCAGCCAGCACUUCCAGAAACCGCGCAUGUCCAACACCUCCUUCAUCGUGCUGCACUUCGCCGACAAGGUGGAGUACCAGAGCGAGGGGUUUCUGGAGAAGAACAGGGACACCGUGUACGAGGAGCAGAUCAACAUCCUGAAAGCCAGCCAGUAUCAGAUGGUAGCAGACUUAUUCCAGGAGGACAAGGACGCCGUGCCCGCCACUCCUGGGGCAAAGAGAACACCCCGGAUCAACGUGCGCUCUGCCAAGCCAGCCUUCAAAGCUGCCAACAAGGAGCACAGGAAAACAGUGGGACACCAGUUCCGCAACUCCCUGCAGCUGCUGAUGGAGACCCUGAACGCCACCAGCCCGCACUACGUGCGCUGCAUCAAGCCCAACGAUGAGAAGAUCCCCUUCAAGUUUGAUCCGAAGAGAGCAGUGCAGCAGCUGAGAGCCUGCGGAGUGCUGGAGACCAUCCGGAUCAGUGCAGCUGGCUUCCCAUCCAGGUGGUCCUACCCUGACUUUUUCAAUAGGUACAGUGUGCUUAUGAACAAGAGAGACCUCUCUAAGAGCGACACGAAGCAGAUCUGUCAGACCCUGCUGAAAGACCUCAUUAAGGAUCCAGACAAGUUCCAGUUUGGCCGUACCAAGAUCUUUUUCCGUGCAGGCCAGGUGGCAUAUCUGGAGAAGCUGCGUGCAGAUAAGUUCAGAGCUGCCACCAUCAUGAUCCAGAAGACGGUGAGGGGCUGGCUGCAGAGGGCCAGGUACCAGCGGCUGAGGCGAGCCACCCUCGCCCUGCAGCGCCACACCCGCGGGCACCUGGCACGCAGGCUUUUCCAGCACCUGAGGAGGACGAGGGCUGCCAUCAUCCUGCAGAAGCAGUACCGAAUGCUGCGGAUGCGCCGGGCCUUCCUGAGGGUCCGCAGCGCCACCCUCACCAUCCAGGCUUUUGCUCGGGGCAUGUUUGUCAGGAGGAUUUACCCAGGCCCUCCGCAUCGAGGCCCGCUCGGCACAGCACCUCAAGAAGCUCAACAUCGGCAUGGAGAACAAGGUGGUGCAGCUGCAGAGGAAGGUGGACGAGCAGAACAAGGAGAACAAGCUUCUGAAUGAGCAGCUGUCCAUGCUGACAUCAGCCCACUCCUCCGAGGUGGAGAAGCUGAAGAAGGAGCUGCAGCAGUACCAGCAGACCCAGCAGGGCGAUGGCAAGCAGCUCCUCAGCCUGCAGGAGGAGAUGGAGCAGCUGAGGAUGGAGCUGGAGAGGGCCCACAGCGAGAGGGAGGUGCUGGAGGACAGCCACGGCAAGGAGAGGGACCUGCUGAGGAAGCGUAUCUGCGACCUGGAAGAAGAAAACGCUCUCCUGAAGCAGGAAAAAGAGGAGCUCAACAGCAGGAUCCUCUGUCAGUCUGAAGAUGAAUUUGCACGAAACACAGUUGAGGAAAAUAUGCAGAUGAAGAAGGAGCUGGAAGAAGAGAGAUCUCGUUAUCAGAACCUGGUAAAAGAGUAUGCAAGUCUGGAGCAGAGAUAUGACAACUUGAGGGAUGAAAUUACUAUUUUUAAGCAGCAAACACCAGGGCACAGGAGAAACCCAUCCAACCAGAGCAGUUUGGAAUCUGACUCCAACAACCCAUCCAUCUGCACCUCUGAGAUCGGGGACACCGAGGAUGUGAUACAGCAGGUGGAGGAGAUUGGGAUGGAGAAAGCAGCCAUGGACAUGACCCUCUUCCUAAAGCUGCAGAAGCGAGUGAGGGAGCUUGAGCUGGAAAGGAAGAAGCUGCAAGCCCAGCUGGAGAAAAAGGAGCAAGAGAGCAAGAAAUCCCAGGUAAAUGAAAUAAAGACUGAAGUGACUUCAGAACAUGAAGAUUUUGCAUACAACAGCCUGAAGAGGCAAGAGCUGGAGUCGGAGAACAAGAAGCUGAAAAAUGAUCUCAAUGAGCUGAGGAAGGCCAUUGCAGACCACGCCACCCAGAACAACUCCUCCAACGAUGUGCAGGACGGCUACAACCUCCUCCUGAACCAGCUGAAAUUGGCCAACGAGGAGCUGGAGGUGCGCAAGGAGGAGGUGCUCAUCCUCAGGUCGCAGAUCAUGAAGGCAGCCCAGCAGAAAGAGACGGGGAAAAACAUGGAGAGCAUCUCCCCCAAUGCCAGCUGGCCCAACAGUGACCGGCACGUUGACCAGGAGGACGCGAUCGAAGCCUACCAGGGCAUGUGCGAGACCAACCGCAAGACUGAGGACUGGGGCUAUCUCAAUGAAGAUGGAGAGCUCGGCUUGGCUUAUCAAGGUUUAAAGCAAGUUGCCAGAUUGCUGGAAGCACAGCUCCAGGACCAGAGAAGGGAGCACGAGGAGGAGAUGGAAGCUCUGAAAAACCAAGUGGAUUUAAUGCAAGAGGAGUUGGAGAAGCAGCAGCAGGCAUUCCUGCAGACUCUGCAGCUCUCUCCAGAGGUCCAGGUGGAGUUUGGACUUCAGCAAGAAAUUACACGUCUGACCAAUGAAAACCUGGAUCUUAAAGAAUUGCUGGAAAAGUUGGAAAAGAAUGAAAAGAAACUGAAGAAGCAGCUGAAGAUUUACAUGAAGAAAGUCCAAGAUUUUGAAGCAUCCCAGACAAAAGUGCCAGUGGAGAGGAGGUCACAUGAGAGGAGCAUGCAGGUUGCUGUCCAGAGGAAGGAGAAGGAUUUUCAGGGCAUGCUGGAAUAUUACAAAGAAGAUGAGCCACUCCUUAUCCGAAACCUCAUUACAGAUCUCAAGCCCCAGGCAGUGUCUGCUACUGUUCCCUGCCUUCCUGCCUACAUCCUCUACAUGUGCAUCAGACACGCAGAUUACAUCAACGAUGACCAGAAGGUGCACUCCUUGCUCACCUCCACCAUCAACGGCGUGAAGAAAGUGCUGAAGAAGCACCAGGAUGACUUUGAGAUGACAUCGUUCUGGCUGGCCAACACGUGCCGGCUGCUGCACUGCCUGAAGCAGUACAGUGGGGAAGAGUGUUUCAUGACCCAAAACACGGCGAAGCAGAACGAGCACUGCCUGAAGAACUUUGACCUGACCGAGUACCGCCAGGUGCUGGGCCACCUCUCCAUCCAGAUCUACCAGCAGCUCAUCAACAUUGCAGAGGGCAUCCUGCAGCCCAUGAUCGUGUCUGCUGUGCUGGAAAAUGAGAGUAUCCAAGGGCUUUCCAUUGUCAAACUGGUGGGCUACAGGAAAUACUCCUCCAAUGCGGGUGACAGCUCCUACAGCUUGGAUGAAAUGAUUCGCCAGCUGAACACAUUCCACAGCAUCAUGUGUGACCAGGGCCUGGACCCAGAGAUCAUCCAGCAGGUGUUCAAGCAGCUCUUCUACAUGAUCAACGCCAUCGCCCUGAACAACCUCCUGCUGAGGAAGGAUGUCUGCUCCUGGAGCACGGGCAUGCAGCUGAGGUUUAACAUCAGCCAGCUGGAGGAAUGGCUGCAUGGGAAGAAUCUGCAGCAGAGUGGAGCAGCACAAACUUUGGAGCCCUUGAUUCAGGCAGCACAGCUCCUGCAGCUGAAGAAGAAAACCUCAGAGGAUGCUGAGGCCAUCUGCUCCUUGUGCACGUCACUCACAACCCAGCAGAUUGUAAAGAUACUCAAUCUCUACACUCCUGUGAACGAGUUUGAAGAACGUGUGACAGUAGCUUUCAUACGAAACAUACAGAAGCAGUUGCAAGAACGGAAUGACCCUCCACAGCUGCUGCUAGACUUCAAGCACAUGUUCCCAGUUCUGUUCCCAUUCAACCCAUCUGCCAUCACCAUGGACUCCAUUCAUCUCCCUGCUUCUCUCAACUUGGAUUUUCUCAAUAAAGUCUGAAGAAAGUAGAAUUAAACUCACCUCUCACACCCAGAGACUUCCAGCAACAAAAGAAAAAAAAUCAUAAAAAGAAUUCAAGAGCUCUUAAAAUAUGGACCAAACAGGCUUAUGGAAGAACCAGUACACAGUAACAAAUGGAUGCUAAAAUGUACACUAAAAAAGACACUGGUCUGUAUGUGAUUUUUUUUUGGGUAAUUUGCAUCUCAGAAAUAAGGAUACUUGAAAAGUAGUUUUAUUUUUUACUGCUUGAUUUCAUGUUGACAUAGUUCAAAGCCCAUCAUCAUCUCCAAAAGCCAGGAAGUGGGAGACAGCUUAUUUUGAUUUUCAUAGGUGUCGAUGACAAAAACAAAAUUUGAGACACUUGUGCUGCCUUGAAGGAUGUGUCAUUUGUCUAGGAGCAGGUGGUCUUGUGUGUAUGAAUAGCAGAAUAUGCAGUUCUGCCUUCAAUUCUUGCUAGUAACUGCAUUCAUGACAGUGAAUUGGGAAAGUAAAUUGCAGAAGGUGUGUAUUUAUCACACCAUAAAGGUAAAUGGCUGGGAUGCUGCUUGUUUCCACUGAUGUGGAAUUUGUCACAAAUACAAAUACAUUUUUCACAAAUACAUUCAGAUACACUGAAUGUGUUUAGGAGGAGCUGUUGCUCCUUAGCCAUUGCUAAAUAUAUUCAGUGUAUCUACUUCAUGGAAAUUUAGAUAAAUAAUUGGCAGGAAUUUGUUCCAUUGGACUUUCUUGCAUUACCAAAUUUACAUUAGCAAAGGUUUUGUCCUAGUGAAAUAAUCAUGAUGCAAAGGACUGCCUUAAGCCUUCUGCUUCUAGCAUAGCAUCAUCCUGAUCCCUGCUAUUGGCUUUCCUUGUGCUUUCGAGUCUGAAACACUUUCCUCCAGUGGCUGUCAAGGUUCUUGUACCUCUUACAUGGCCAGUGUCAGAAUCCCAUGCACAGAUCGUGCACAGUUUAAUCCUCCAGCCCUACCUGUGUUCAGUGGGUUAAUCCUAGCUGUAGGUGUCCAUGGAAAAACUCCAUUCAGUUCAGCAGCCAUCCAAAAUGUUAAGAAUCAUGCAAAUACAAAGUUUGGAUAAAUGAAGAAUAUUUUAAAAUUUUAAAAAUUUCUAAAAGAGAUGAAAUGUUCUAAGACGAAAAAAAGCAAAAAAAAAAAAGCUGUCAGGUGGUAUGUUAAAAACAUUCAUAAGCCAUUUCUUUAAGAGAGAACCCAAAAUACAACAACCUUAAAUUAAUAAUUGCCUUCAAUUCAGAUUCUCUUAGUUUUGGUUUUUUUUUUUUUUUUUAAAUCAGACUUAUAAACUAAGCCAAACCAACACUCUGAGCUCACCACAGAGAUGCUGAAGGAGAACAGGCACUGGUUUUUCCGUGGUCCUUGGCAGCACACGCGGGCAGGGGAGGAGGUGGGUACCCCGGGGUCAGUGCUGCUCCACGGCUGCUCAGCGUGGGGAUGCUCCUGCCACAGCACCCCGUGCCAAACUGCAGCCAGGCUGGGGGGCUGCCAGCGUCCUGCCCUCUCCACUUCCACAGUGCUCUGGUGUAAAUCCGUCUUAGCUCACCUGCUUUUGUGGCUUCUGCUGUGGUGCGCAGCUGCAUCAUGACUAAAAGCCUUCUAAGAAAAAUCCACUCUCUCCAUCUGACUCUUUUUAGCUGGUGUAAAUCCAAACAGCAAAUUUAGGCUGUCUACUCGGAGACUGAAAGUAGAAUGUGAAGUUUCUUGGAGCUACACCACCUCCUGUCUGCUGCAGCUUCCUUCCUAGGCAAGGAGCGUGUUGUGAUUUAGGCAUCAUGUAUAUAAUCGGUGUAUAUACAAACUGCAGUAGUCCUGUAUGUACUAUAUAUGUAUAUGACUAUCCAAAAAAGCACAUUUUAAAAGAAACUGUUGAGUGCUCUGCAGAGUUAUAUUGGUCUAUGCCAGUGGGUAAAUACCUUGAUCCAAACUGAACUAUAGUUAAGAGCAACUGUUACCACUGAAGGACAGACUUCAGGCUAAAAAGAAAUUUGUCCCCCCUUAACCAUCACCCAUUGAAUUACAGAUAUUUUGCUUGUAAAGAGCCAGGAUUGUCUCCAAACUGCAGUUCCUGGGCACUCACCCCUGCUGUGUCUUCAGCAGUGCCUUCAUCUCCCCUGGCUGUACAAUGAGGGUCAUACCACCAGUCUGCUGCCUGUGCCCAGCAAGCCCUGCCACCCACUCACCCGCUGUAUCUUUAUUUAUUUUCACCUACCUCUUUUCACAGUGAAUGUCCUUGCAGUGCUCUGAAUUUUGGUAGUUGUUGCCUCUCCCUUCUUUCCAUGCUCCAACAGUCGUCAUGGUUUAAAAGUAAAUAAUUCAAAGCAGGAUUCAGCUUUUCUGUAAGGUGGUUUAAACAGAGAGCUGUUGCUCAGGAUUCGUGCUAGGUCAGCAGUUUCAGGCAGUUCAGGUCUCUACCUCUUUCUGAUGUAAAUUAUUUGGAGUACAAUUCCCAAUGCAUUGAUUAAACCUAUGCUUAUCACUCAGACUAAGCGACAGGUUGCUGCAGAAUCCUCUUCUGCAGUGGCUUUGUUGCUGAUUACCACUGUAAAAUGUGCUUAAUGGUCUUCUAGGGGAUAAUGGUCCUUCAUUGGCACUUUCAGGAUUGUAAUUUAUAUAUUCUUUCUUAAAAACUCUUAGUAUGUGUAGAUGGGAACUGGGAUUUAACAUCCUGAUCUGUGAUCAUGUAGUUUAUCCACUGAGAUCCAUCUGGAAGAGAACUCUGUAUGAAAUAUCUCUAAUAUAUGUUAUCUUUUCUGUUAGCACUUUUAAAAAUUUGUAUUUAAAUGUUAAUUUAGUUAAAUUGCUAUGCUCAAGCAUGCCUUCUUUCCUCAGAUUUACACUUCUUUAUUUAAAAAGCAAAAUGAUCACAAAGCAUGGCUUAGAGAAAGCUGGCUCUUCUCCAGAUCUGUCUUUAUUUUUAAAUAUUGAUUAUUACGUUUAGCAUUUUCCCAAUCUGUGCCUUCAGCUGUUUAACUCAACCACUCUCUCUCUGAAAAAAGCAUUAAAACAGUGGAAUAUUUUUAUUAUUCUGUCAUAGAAAAAGUUGUCUAUGGAUAUAAAAGCCUACUCAUAAAAUCUUACAUAGAGGAAGUCUGCAAAAACACUUUUAAGUUCUUGGAGGAAAAAAAAACCCCAAACAAUAGUGACCCACUCUGAUUUCUACAAAUAUGAUGGCUUAUAUCUCAAAAAAGCACUACUGGGAAUAAAAUAAAAUAAAUUAAACAAUCAAAAUGCCCAAAUCACCAGCAUUAUGGAACAAACACUUCAAAUAUGAGUUGAGGCAUAUGCUGGCUGAUCUACAAGAAGCAUCCAGGACAAUGUCCAUGUUUCAUUUUCACCAGAAAGUUCCUUUUCUUCUUCCUUUUAUUUUUUUAAUUGGCAUUUUGUAGUUGAGAUUGCUUAUCUGAAGAUAAAGCUGCUGUAGGUGACUGUAGACAAAGAACAUUAGACCUCAAGACUGAAUUUUUGCAAUCCUACUUUACAAACAUUUUUUUGCUCAUGCAGUUUAUUCCACUGGAUCCACAAGAAUUUCUUUGUAUUUGUGAAACAGUACCAAAGUGUGGGCAUGUUUUAAGCACAGUGGCUGCUUUUGGUCACCCUGUAACUUGAACACUGGAGUCUUUGCAGGACUUGAUUCCUCGUUUGUGUGAUUUGCAAAAGGUACAAAUGAAAAAGCUGCACUUGAAACAACGGUUGUUUUCCUCCAUUUUCAAUAGUAAAUUAGUAAAAUUGUGCAAACUUAUAUUUUCAGACCAUUAACUGAAAAAUUAGCAUUUUAUCAGUGCAUAUAAAUAGAACAAAUUAAAAUUAAUUGCAUGAAUUUCCAUGAAGCUUUUUCCUCAAACUUUAUUGAUUCACAUAUAUAUUACAGUCAUAAAUGGAUCUUUUUUUCUUUCUGAAAGAAAUUCUAGCAAGGUAGAUGUUAAGUAAAACAAUCCACAAGACAUAACCCUGAUGAGUAUCCAAAUUAUUUCAAGGUGUGAAUGCCAGUGGACAAAGACUUUCAGAUUAAUUUGAAAUCAGAAGAAAAGAAGUAUAUUAAAAAAGUGCUACUAUAUUGAAAUCUUUGGGGAUAUUUUUAUUUUAUUUUUUGUGGCGUGAAGUGUCAUUACCUUAAGGAGCAGAAGGUAUAGCUGCUGUCAAAGUUGAAUGAUAUACAUGAGUGAAUACUGUAGAUGAAAUACUACUGCUUAUAAAAUAUUUUUCCAUUUUGAACAAAUCUGUAAACUACACCUUUGUUUAUAAGAAAAUGCUUGUAAUAGUCACUGUAAUAUUCAGCUGGGGAUAAAAAAAUUUGUGAAAUAAACACUUUUGAAGAAA